AUGUUCGACCAAGAAUAUUUUACUAAAUUACUAAACCAAACAGUAGAUUACAUUCAAAAUAAAGAAAAGCAUAAAAAUGUAGAAGAUUUAGAUGCAAAAAUAGAAAGUAAUAAACUCGCAUUAAAAAUAAUAUCUGAAGACAUUGAAGACAUAGACUUAAAAAAUAAAAUAUUACAAAGACUUGAUAAUCUUUAUGAUACAUACGAAAUAAUAGAACUUAAGCAAAGAACUAUAAAAUCUGAUCAGUACAGUGAUGUAGAAGAAGAUAUUUUAAAAAAUACACAGAUUCUUAAAGACAAAGCAAAAAGGCUUUAUAACGGUCUUAUUUUUGACAAGGAUGUCUUAGAUCGUGUGUCACAUAAAAUAUCUAAAAAUAUUACAGAUACAAGCGAGAAUAUAAAAAAAAUAAAAAAAGAUAGAAAUUCGCACAGUAUUGUAAGUUUAUUAUUUUAUGGAUUAACUAUUUUUUUAAUUGUGUAUUUUGUAUUGAGGUUUUUAUAA